AUGGGAUGUAGAUCGUCGAAACUCGUGGUAAAGGAUCGUCCUUCUUCAUAUGCUCGAACACAUUGGCUUGAUCCUCGAUAUCAUGAUGACAAGCGUACAAGUAUUUUCAAACCUGAUGAACUACGGCCUGUAUUGAAAGAGCCUCCACAAGCUGUUGAUCGCCUUGUGCUCAAUCGCGUCUUAGGAUCGAUGAUAGGCUCAGCUGUGGGCGAUGCGUUAGGCGCAUCGGUUGAGUUCAGACCCUAUGAGUAUCUAGUUGAAAAUCCGAUAACAGAUUUCACAAGUGGUGGAACAUGGGGACUUCAAGAAGGACAGUUUACUGAUGAUACUUCGAUGGCACUUUGUUUAGCUGCUUCAUUGAUUGUUAGUCAUGGUUUUAGACCAUAUGAUCAACUGGUGCGUUACAAAUGGUGGCAUCGCAAUGGAUACAUGUCAUCGACUGGCGAAUGUUUUGACAUUGGGAAUUCGACUAGAGAAUCUUUAAUUUUAUUUGAACAACGACAACGAAAAUUUCGUAAACAAACGAAAAUUCCUGAUGAGUAUAUGGAUCAUAUAACUGAUGAAAAUGUUUUACAACAUUUCGAUGUCUUUUGUGGAAAACAUGACGCUGCUGGUAAUGGAGGUCUUAUGCGUUUGGCUCCAGUGCCACUCUUCUUCUGGAAACAUCCCGUUCAAGCUGUCGAAUAUUCCGGUGUUAGUAAUCAACUAACUCAUGGCGAUCAGAGAGCUACUGAUGCUUGCCGAUAUUACGGAGCACUUAUCGUAGCUGCACUCUCCGGUGAACCGAAAUCUGCAUUGUUAGACAAGAAUUUUUACGAAAAUCAUAUAAAAUGGUUUGGAGAUGUUCCACUUCAUUCUGAUAUUCGAGAAAUAAGUCAGGGAUCAUAUCAUGUACAGAACGGAUACAAUGAUGGAAUUCGAGGCACGGGCUUUGUUGUUGACAGUUUAAGAGCUGCACUAUGGGCAUUUCGAUCAGAUGACAAUUCAUUUGAAAAGGGUGUUCUGGCUGCUAUUAAUCUCGGUGACGAUACCGAUACAACAGCAGCCAUCUACGGACAACUAGCUGGCGCAUAUUAUGGCUAUUCGAAUUUACCUUCGAAAUGGACUUCACGUGUCUAUGCGAAAGAGUUCAUCGAAUGUUUAAGUAAAUGGAUCGUCUACGAAGGUGAUCAGUGGCCGCAGAAACAAGAUAAAAAAUCAGACAUUUUAAGUAUCAAAUCGAAAUUAUAA